CAUGAUUCCUUGUGAAAGGUUUCAGUUUGGUGUUUUAACAUCUGAACACCUGUUUUGUUGCCGGGAAACCCCCUAUUAUCACGUUUAGUUUACGUGUACUGUAUAUUUCUGUAAACUCCUUUCGCGUUUUGUAAACUCGAGGGUUUGACCCCGCGGGGUUUCCGUCGCGGCGCGUGAACGUCAUCACGAGGCGACGGGGCGACCUUGGUGGCUGCCUCGCGCGUGCCCCGACCACGGCAGCAGCAGCAGCAGCGUGAGAGACAACGCAGACACACAAUGUCGACUGUGGUGAGGAAAGUGCUGAACGUGCACGCCAAGUUGAUCAUCGGCAAGGUGAUCGGCACAAAGAUGUCCAAAACGGCCAAGGUGCGGGUCACGAGGAUGGUGUUGGACAAAUACCUCACCAAGUUCUUCAACCGCCGCAAGACGUACUUUGCGCACGACCCCGAGGAGCGCUGCAUGGUGGGUGACGUGGUGCUGCUCAAGGCUCUGUCCGAGCGACGUGGGAAGCACGUGUGCCACGAGGUCGCCGAGAUCGUCUUCAAGCUGGGCGCGAUCGUCGACCCCGUCUCGGGCAAGCGCUGUGCCGGUGGCGUUUAUCUGGAGCCCCCCUGUGGGCCGGCCUCACCCACCGAGCCGACCUCCACACCCUCGGAAUCCGUGGCGGGCGCGGGCGACCAGCUGGCUGCGGAUUUGAGUCGGCUGAGCGUAGCCGCAGAGGCCAAAAAUGAGAAGCAGAGCUAGCUCUUGCGUGGGGAGAGCAAGGCGAGCGGGAACUUUUACAGCUAAGAUUCUUCUUCAAUAGCUUGUUGCGUUUGGCUGUAAACUAAUGAGUCAGCCCCACAAAGAUCCUCGGUUUGAAACCCGGGCUGCCAUUCAAGAUGUAACCUGUAUCACACAAGUAACAAGCUCAAUGGUCAUCACCUCGUUGCCAGUUACUGCAGAAACAACACCUUCAUUUAAAUUUGCUUUCAAAAUUUGGCACAGCCAGAGAAUACAGGCUGGAGAUGUACAAGAUCCUUCACCUACAUGAUGGGUGCUCUCCUACUCCAGGGGAGGGGGGGGGGAUCUAAAAUUGGAGCGCUUUUCUCCGUGCCUAAAUGCCAACAGGUUUGAAACAUAAUUGGCAUCAUACAUGAUCUAUCCACUGCUGGAGUAAAACUGUCCCAGAGCCGUUGCCAUCUCUCACAAUCCUGUGACGCAACAAUCCAGCGAGCACCUGCACAAGACGCGAUUUCCAUUUCCCCGGUGGAUAGUGGAUGCCCUCUCAAAUGCGUUGCAUCUCCCCUGCUGCCACUGUCAUUCAUGACCAUCGGUCAUGAUCCCUUCUUGCGAUGUCUUGUGCCCAAGCCCAGACUGACGUGUUCAACUAGUGUAUGUUCUCUCGCCCGUCGUUCUUGGUGUCACUCGGUGUAAUUCCAAGCACGCGUCUUUGUAUUUUCACACUUUUUAUAAUUUGUAAAAAUGUCCUUGUUUCGGAUCCAUGUCACAGCAGGUGACAUGGAUUAAUUAAAAACGUUCUUCUGUUGGAACAUUAAUGUGUUGCCUUUCAUUAUCAAGUCCAGCUUUACCCAAUCCAAUCUGCUCUCCAAACAAAGCGUAUACCAUCCUAAAUAUUUGGACCGGUCGACGAUAUGACGUACUGUCGAGAGAUCUACAUCCGGUAAUGGGUUGACAAAAGGUUGUAAACAAAAUAUUUCGAAUGUAAUCGAUACAACUCUUAUUAUUUAUAUCAUGAUACGGAUCUUCUAUUGCAUGACAAAUAUGGUUUGUACAAAUGCGUGUAAAAAUGUAGGCUAAUCUGUUACUUGUAUGGUAAUGAAGCAAACAUUAAAAAUUUUAAACGGUACCCGAGUGAGAAACGAUAAAAAACGAGACACAAAAUCGGUGUUUGUGCAAUGGCACCCCAACCUUGUGCAGCAUGAGAGCGGUAGGAAGAGGAGGCGGAGCGAGACAUUACUUUGAGUCACAGACAUGUUCAGACACGGAAUCAAAGAAAGAGAGCAAUGGAGAGACCAAUUUUUUCUAGCAUCCUAAUUUUUAGAUCCCCCCCAAAAAAAUCCCACUCAUUAAAUGUUACAUUUUGCCCACUA